CCCCUUCAUAAGUCCAUGUCCCUGAUUUUCCAAAGACCAUUGACCUCCCCACAUCCUUCCCAUUGACAUUUCCCCGUCACCGACGAAUCACGGUCCUAUUGCCGGGGUGAACAUCCACUCGGUCCCUCCAUCCUUCAGCCCAACAUCACAAAGAUGCCUUCCACAUCGAGCCACUCUGCAGCUUCGCUCCCUCCGGAGGUCGUGACCUGCUUACAAAAUGCGCGAUUCCUGCACCUCUCCACAUGCCACCAGAACAUCCCCCACAUCUCCCUCAUGAACUACACAUACCUCCCCUCCACCCCCUGGGACCCCAACCCCGUCAUCAUCAUGACCACCACCCCUUCCUCCACCAAGACCGCCAACCUCCUCCACAACCCCCGCGUCGCCCUCCUCGUCCACGACUGGGUCUCCCACCGCCCGCCGACCCUCUCUUCCAACACCGGCGACCCCGAGUCCGAGCCCGCGCCCCCGACCACCGCCACCCCGUCGCUCGACCCGGCCCCACCCGGCCCGCAGCGGCCGACCGGCCUCGCCGCGCUGCUGCUGAACCUCAACACGAGCGCGCUGUCGUCGAUCUCGGUGACGUUGAAUGGGACGGCGCGGCUGGUGGAGUCGGAGGAGGAGGGGGGGUGGCUGAGGCGGAAGCACUUGGAGAACAAUACGCCUUCUUCCGCGGGGGAGGAUUUGCAGAGAUUGGAGGAGGAUGGCGGGACGGAUUGCUAUAUCAAUGACGAUGAGACGAAGGUCGUCUUGGUUAGGAUGGAGGGCGGGCGGAUAUCGGAUUGGAAGGGGCAUGUGAGAGACUGGGUCGUGGGAUCGAUGCCUGGUGAUGCUCCAUAUCUCAACGGUGCAACGGCAUGAAUGUCAUACUGUGUGUAUUUUUAUGGUGCUUGGACCUUCGACGAGGCCUGCAACUUGCAUCUUGCCGAUGAUUUCGUUAACCUUCCAUUGGAAGAGCGGAAUAUGGCACGAAUGACUUGGCACGGGAACGCGGGGUAAUUAAUGGAGGGCCAAGUUGACGAGAACAACAUGAACAAGCUCGAGGAAAUCAGACCGCCUGGAUUUCAAGCCAGAUUUGAAUGAA